UCCAGUUUCCAGAAUCAUUCACCGCUAACACAAUGAGUCCCAGAGGAAGCACCGGUGUUUUUCUCCUGCUAGCGCUUCUGCUGAACCAAAACCUGCUUUGUGUUUCAGGAGGGAAGAUCCUCGUCUGGCCGGCUGAAUUCAGCCACUGGCUCAAUAUUAAAGUCAUCCUAGAUGUGCUGAUUGAAAGAGGACACAAUAUCACAGUGGUGACCCACACGGCCACACCGUCAGUCCAGACCACCCCAUCAGCUGGAUACAAUGCGGAGAUUUUACAGGUGCCAUAUACAAAGCAGGAAAUCGUGGACAAUUUGGAGAGGAUGCUGAAAUACUGGACUCAUGACCUACCCAAUGAUAACAUAAUCACAGCUUCGCUGAAGAUCCAUGAGAUGAUUACUACAGCCACAGCGCAGAAUAAAAUCACAUGCAAUGCACUCUUUUCCAGAGCAGAGCUGCUUGAGAAGUGGAAGAUGGAGAAGUUUGAUGUGAUACUAGCUGAUCCGCUUUAUAUAUGCGGAGAGAUUCUGGCCCAGAAACUGGACAUACCGUUAAUAUUCAGCCUCAGGUUUACUUUUGGCAACACUCUGGAGAGAUUGUGUGGUCAGAUGCCGGCUCCGCCAUCAUACGUGCCCGCUGUGGCCUCUGAGAAAACAGACCAAAUGGAUUUCAUAGACAGACUGAAAAACUACCUCUUCUAUGGCAUGCAGGACUUCUUGUUUUAUCUAGUCACCAAAUUCAAGUGGGAUCACUAUUAUUCUGAGGUCCUGGGUAAACCCACAACUAUGUGUGAGACCAUGGGAAAAGCAGAUAUCUGGCUGAUAAGAACGUACUGGGAUUUCGAGUAUCCGCGUCCAUUCCCACCUAACUUUAAGUUUGUUGGAGGACUGCACUGCAAACCCGCCAAACCCCUGUCUAAGGAAAUGGAGGAGUUUGUUCAGAGCUCUGGAGAUCACGGCGUCGUUGUUUUCUCAUUGGGCUCCAUGAUUAAAAACCUGACAUCGGAACGAGCCAACACUAUUGCUGCUGCUCUGGGCCAGAUCCCGCAAAAGGUUGUUUGGCGUUACAGUGGGAAAACUCCAGAAACACUGGCUCCCAAUACUAAAAUCUACGACUGGAUCCCACAGAAUGAUUUGCUUGGUCAUCCAAAGACAAAGGCUUUCAUCACUCAUGGUGGCACAAAUGGACUGUAUGAGGCUAUUUAUCACGGUGUCCCGAUGGUGGGUUUGCCACUGUUUGCUGAUCAGCCUGAUAACCUACUGCACAUGAAAACCAAAGGAGCUGCUGUAGUCCUUGAUAUCAACACACUGGAAUCCAAAGACCUGGUGGAUGCUCUGAAGACCGUCUUAAAUAACCCAUCGUACAAGGAGAGCAUCAUGAGGCUGUCCAGAAUCCACCACGAUCAGCCGAUGAAGCCGCUGGAUCAGGCCGUGUACUGGAUUGAGUUUGUGAUGCGGAAUAAAGGAGCCAAACAUCUGCGAGUUCAGGCGCAUGAGCUGAGCUGGUAUCAGUACCACUGUCUGGAUGUAGCGGCCUUCUUACUCUCCAUCACCGCUCUGAUCACAUUCCUCUGGGUUAAAACAUGCUGCUUCCUUUUCCGCAGAUGUGUCAGGAAAACCCAUCCUGAGAGGAAAACACAGAAGAGUAAAAAGGAGUGAAUGCAAACUGCAGUCCAAUAGUGACCAGAUAAUUCCCCACAGAGAUGCAGUAUGUGUGUCAGUGGUUGUGCAAAUUGUGUGUGUGUGUGUGUAUUGUGAAUUGAGAGUGCUUUUAAUCAAAUAAAUGCAUGUGCAUUUAUAUGUAAAUAAUAAUUUUGUGAACAUUAGUUUAUUUUUUUUAAUUCUGUUUAUUCGUCUGAGCUUUACACAGAGACUCCUGCUAGUAGAUUAGUGCAUAUUUUUGGGGAACUUUCAGACGAUCAAAAUCUAUAUAGAGCGGGGAAAUAAAUAUUGAACACAUGUUGUCAUGUAUUUUUCAGGGAAUAAUAUUUCUAAAGGAGCUGCUGACAUGGAAUUGAGGGAGAUUUUGGUAAAAACCCAAACGAUAAAGACAUAACAAUAAAACAAAACAAAUCUGAGAAAUGAGUUGUGUGUAAUAACACUGACAGAAGGAGAAAGCGCUGAACUACUGAAA